GGCGGCGCCGCUGCAGUGCGGGGACCCGCUCGCCCGCCGUCCCCGCGUCCCCGCGUCCUCGCGCAACCGCCUUCUGGCCUCGGGCGCCGCGCAUCCAGGACGGAAGACACCCUCACCAUGGCCUCUCCACCCAGUGCCCCCUGUGAGGAGGAAGACAGCGUGAAGAUGUGUGAGCUGUAUGUUCAGAAGCACAACAUCCAGCAGGUCCUCAAAGACUGUGUGGUGCACCUGUGUGUCUGCAAGCCGGACAACCCCAUGAAGUUCCUCCGGGAGCAUUUUGAGAGGCUGGAGAAGGAAGAAAACAGACAGAUUUCGGUUCAGCAGAAGUCAAUCUCGCAGUCGGACUCCCACGAUGAGGAAGUUUCUCCUGCCCCUCCGAACCCUGUGGUGAAGGCCCGCCGCCGGCGCGGGGGUGUGAGCGCCGAGGUGUACACAGAGGAGGACGCUGUCUCCUAUGUCAGAAAGGUGAUUCCCAAGGACUAUAAGACCAUGACAGCACUGGCCAAAGCCAUCUCCAAGAAUGUGCUCUUUUCUCAUCUUGAUGACAAUGAGAGAAGUGACAUAUUCGAUGCCAUGUUCCCUGUCACUCACAUCGCUGGGGAGACAGUUAUACAGCAAGGGAACGAAGGAGAUAAUUUCUAUGUAAUUGACCAAGGAGAAGUGGACGUGUACGUGAAUGGAGAGUGGGUGACCAGCAUCAGUGAGGGAGGCAGCUUUGGGGAGCUGGCGCUCAUUUAUGGCACCCCCAGGGCCGCAACAGUGAAAGCCAAGACGGACCUCAAGCUCUGGGGCAUUGACCGGGACAGCUACCGGCGCAUCCUCAUGGGCAGCACGCUGAGAAAACGCAAGAUGUAUGAGGAAUUCCUGAGCAAGGUGUCCAUCCUAGAGUCCCUGGAGAAGUGGGAGCGCCUGACUGUGGCUGAUGCACUGGAGCCUGUCCAGUUUGAAGAUGGAGAGAAAAUUGUAGUCCAGGGGGAGCCAGGAGAUGACUUCUUCAUCAUCACUGAGGGUACCGCGUCCGUCCUGCAGCGCCGCUCCCCCACUGAGGAGUACGUGGAGGUGGGGCGUCUAGGGCCCUCCGACUACUUCGGGGAGAUUGCGCUGCUACUGAACCGGCCGCGUGCAGCUACGGUGGUGGCCCGGGGACACCUCAAGUGUGUGAAGCUGGACCGGCCACGCUUCGAGCGUGUGCUGGGCCCCUGCUCCGAGAUCCUGAAGAGGAACAUCCAGCGCUACAACAGCUUCAUCUCUCUCACCGUCUGAGCCGCUGCCUCCCUCAUGUCCAAGCCGCCCACCCGAGUGGUGGCCACGUGUGGUGUCUGUGUCUGGAGGGCCGGGCGGGGCUCACUCCUGGCAGCGUGGGGGCUGCCCCUUCCUGGGACUCACUGUUUGGAAUAAAUAAUCACCUUGUGCAUUUCAAAAAACAAAGGGCAAGCGAACCAAAUGCACCCAGGGCCAAGGAA